AUGAAUUUCCAUAGCGCGUCUCUAUUUCUGAGUUUCAGCUACAAGUUGAUCGAGUGGCUGUUGCCCCAGACAAGUCUGCAUCAAGCGCUCAAACGUUCGAGGCCCAUGAUGCAGAGUGUUUGCAAUCUUCCUGUAAAGGCCCUUAACUGCAUGAUUCUCACUGCAUUCUGUCAGACCCUACUACCUCAGCCAAGCUCCAUAAGCACAUGGGUUGAAGAGAAAACUCAUGGCAUCAAGGAUCACAUAGCAUUUUCGGCAAUGGUGUUCUGGAGCUGGUGCCGCCAAAUAUCACCAAAGUUUGAGCAAUGUUUCUCUGCAGUUACCACCUCCACAAUGGACGACAAUGUUGCAAAUAAAAAUCAAGACCCUACCUUGCAAGGCUUGGAGAAGGAUAUAGAGACUUUGAGGGGAGAUAUUGUUGCUAAGAAGGCUGAGGUUAGUGAAAUCAAGAAGAAUCUUGACCAAAAGAAGCGAGGAGGUGGAAAAUUCCAGGCCAAGCAGACAGCGUUGGAGAAAGCCAUGUGGAUAUUGAAGGAUCGGUUCAACACCCUCAAAGGCAAGCCAACUUGCUCAACGGCCGGACCAGCAGAUUCUUCUGUAACCAAUGCAGAUCCGGACUUGCAUGCGACUGGUAUGCAGCAAAAUGAGAAGGAGAUUGACAAUGCCACGGAUCAGCCUACACAUGGAGAAUCAGAAAGAGGUGACCACGAAGAAGGAGAGGACCAUGCACCGAGUGACAGUGCAAGAGAAAGCGCUCACAAAAUCCAGGCUGCAGAGAGACAAGCAGGGUCCGAGCGUCAGGAGUGUGCGGACGAAGGACCAGAGACAACAAACCAGGAUCAUGUUGACCAAUGGAGCCAUUUUCCGGAUAGGGAAUCAGUCCAGCCAGCGACAGAAUCCCCACCAGUCCAGCCAGUGCAAAAAGAGACUAUACAUCAGCCCCCUGACUCAGUUGGACUAAUGGCUACAACUUCCGAGCAAAGUCCUGGUCAAUUGGAAGCAAAUGAGCAUGCUAUGCUUGAAGAGCAAUUAGAAAAGACGAAGGCAGAGCUCCUCAAGUUGAAGGAGGAGGUGGGAAAAAAUAAGAAAAGAGCAAAAGAAGUUGAUUCAGAUGACAAAAUGGGAGGGAAGUGCAAGAAAGCCAAGAAAGCAAAAGCAAAUAAGGAGGCCAGUAGUUGUAGAAAAGACGAGCCAAUAAAAGGAAGCAAUUCCAAAAAACAUAUUACUUGUCAUCUUAUUAUUUCUGCGGUGGAGAUACUGCACAAAAUUAAUGAAAAGGAUGGUGAAGACAAGGAAGUGUUUGGAUGGGAUGAAACUAAUCACAGCAGAGGUGUAUCGAGUUCCGGCGAGAACAGUCCAAAAGAGGGCCUCACUGAUAAUUCUGACACUAACUCCAGCAUAGGAUCUCAAUCCGACUCAGACUUUUAA